CCCAGGGGGGUGUGGUCUUGGCAGAGUCGCAGCCAUUGACGGACAGGCAGAUCCAGCAGACGUUACUAACUGAGACAGCAGGGCUGUCGUUCAGGGCGGGGGGGAGCGCUAGAGACCCUCCCUCCGACAUGGAGAACGAACCCAGCAGCCCCACUCGCCUCCUCAGGAACAUACAGAGACAGGUACAUUUUCGAAUGUCAUUUAUUUCAACAGUAACAUUGCGACCUAGGUCUCUUUUUCAAGUGAGCCCUCUGUCAGAUGAUACUGUAUAUAGAGGAUGAGAUGUGUUUUUCCUCCUCAGUUCAGUAGAUAUACAGUGCUGUGAAAGUAUUUUCCCCCUUUCUAAUUUUCUCUACUUUUGCAUAUUUUUUAUACUGAAUUAUCAGAUCUUCAACCAAAACCUAAUAUUUGAUUAAGGAAACCUGAGUGAACGAAUAACACAAUUGCGUACUUAUUUAUGAAACACCCAAUGCCCCUGUGUGAAAAGUAAUUGCCCUCUUACACUCAAUAACUGGUUGUACCACCUUUAGCUGCAAUGACUCCAACCAAACUCUUCCAGUAGUUGUUGAUCAGUCUCUCACGUUGCUGUGGAAGAAUUUUGGCCCACUCUUCCAUGCAGAACUGCUUUAACUCAGCGACAUUUGUGGGUUUUCAAACAUGAACUGCUCGUUUCAAGUCCUGACACAUCUCAAUUGGGAUUAGGUCUGGACUUUGACUAGGCCAUUCCAAAACUUCAAAUUUGUUGCUUUUUAGCCGUUUUCAUGUAGACUUGAUUGUUUGUUUUGGGUCAUUGUUUUGCUGCAUGACCAGAGCAGAAUUCAUUGUUCCUUCUAAUAAGGCAAGUUGUCCAGGUCCUGAGGCAGCAAAGCAUCCCCAAACCAUCACAUUACCACCACAAUGCUUGACCGUUGGUAUGAGGUUCUUACUGUGGAAUGCAGUGUUUGGUUUUCGGCAGGAAUAAUGGGACCCAUGUCAUCCAAAAAGUUAUACUUUUGACUAAUCUGUCCAUAGAACAUUCAAAUCAGAUUUUAUUUGUCACAAGCGCCGAAUACAACAGGUGUAGACCUUACUGUGAAAUGCUUACUUACAAGCCCUUAACCAACAAUGCAGUUCAAGAAAGAGUUAAUAUGAACAAAAUAAAAAAUACAUAAAAAGUAAUACAUUAAAAUAUCAGUAACGAAGGCUAUAUACAGGGGGUACUGGUACCGAGUCAGUGUGCGGGGGUACAGGUUAGUUGAGGUAAUUUGUACAUGUAGGUAGGGGUAAAGUGACUCAUGUUUGAUACCAUUCCAAGAGUCUUGAUGAUCAUACAGGUGCUUCCACGUGCUUUUUGGCAAACUUAAGUCAACUUUUUGGACAAGAUGGGUCCCAUUUUAUGUCUGGCGAAAACCAAACACUGCAUUCCACAGUAAGAACCUCAUACCAACGGUCAAGUGUGGUGGUGGUAGUGUGAUGGUUUGGGGAUGCUUUGCUGCAGUUCAUGCUUGAAAACCCACAAAUGUUGCUGAGUUAAAGCAGUUCUGCAUGCAAGAGUGGGCCAAAAUUCCUCCCCAGCGAUUUGAGAGACUGACCAACAACUACAGGAAGCAUUUAGUUGCAGUCAUUGCAGCUAAAUGUGGCACAACCAGUUAUUUAAGAUCUCGUGACAUUUAGUAUAAAACAUUUGUAAAAAUAGAGAAAAUCAGAAAGGGGGCAAAUACUUUUUCAUGGCACUGUAUAGAGGAUGAUGUGUUGUUGUGUUGUCCUCUCAGAGUGCCCAACUGAGCCAGAUCGUCAACAGCCUGAUGCCUCCUCUGAACCUCUCUCCCUCCUCCUCUCCCAUCUCUAAAGACUCCUGGAGGUGGAAAGGACAGACCAAGAGAGCCUUCAGCAGGUACACACACAAUACACCUCGCCAGCCCACAUUGUCCUCUCCUGCGUGGUUUAGUUUAUAGGAUCACCUUACUCUUCCUGGGUUCAACAUCUAUGGUAGAUGCGUAACCAGGCCAGCCCAGUACAAUACAGUACAGCUUGGUUUGGCUCGACUCGGUUUGGCCCAGUAGUGUGAAAAGGGUAAUGGUGACCUUAACCCACAAUCAUGUCAUAACCAGAUAUUCCCACUAAUGUUUUCUGUAAUUAAUAGGCUGCUCUUUGCCAAUGGCAAUAUUUAUUCUGUUAUAAUAACUGCUCCCUGUGCCACUGUUGCAUACCAUGUCAAGGUGAAAAUCAAUUGGGCUGUCAAUCACAGUGUCCAUUAUUUUAUCUGAUUUAAAGGCUUUAAUUCUUAAAAUGUCUUAAAUUCUGUUUUCAAAGGUCUUAAAUGUGAAGACUACAGUGUUUGCGUUAUAUUGUGCCACUGCUUAAUUGUUGCCACCACGGAAAAAGAAACAAAAUGUAACAUUAAAUAAUACUCAAGAUCGAGCUAUCUACACCUGCGCCUCUGUGUGUGUACAUCAUGUGCGUGUGCCAUUGCCAGUCGGACUGUUGCCAGAAGAGAAAGAGGAGAGAGCAAGGAAGCAUAUACAAUUUGAUAGACAACAACACUAACUAGAGCUGGGAUGAUAAACCGAAAAUGACUGACAUUGCCCUUUUUGCUUGCGUCGGUAAUGUCAGUGAUUAGACUACACAACGUUCCUGCUGAUUUGUUGGGGUUCUAAAACCAUUAUUUUGUCAACAGUAAUGUGCAUUAACCUGCUUCCUGCAAUGAAAGCACAGUAUCUGCCCUGUCCCUGUUUUGCUGCUGGCUCUUACUCCCGCUCCCCCCUUGACAGAUGGAGUGAAGGGAGAGAAGCAUUCUGAUAAACUCAAGCAUACUGACCGUUAAGCAACAUUUCGAAAUAUAAUUGCGGGAAAGACACAUUUUUUAAAACAACUACUGAGUCUCAGCUUUAUCUGAGUAGAACAAUUAUUUCUCAACUGUCAAUAUAGAGGAAAUAACAUCACUUUACAAAUGCAGUAUGUCAUUGAGAUGAUGCGCCAACGGAGCGGAGUUUGCCAUUUGCAGUGGUAGCCUAUAUAGGCCUACCAAUGGAACGUUUUUGUAGGACAUUUACCGUUCUAUCAAUUGCAUGGCUAAAGCAACAAUAUCAUAUUAAGAUUUAGCAAUCUAGCUUAUAUGUUUUGAGUUCCCAUUUCCUCAGGUGGUAAAUAAUUUGUAAUGUCUUACUUGGCACUGGAAAAAGUCAGUCUAGAGCCCUCCCGCGUAACUACCUUGCUUGGAAGUAUAGCCAUUUGAUACUUGAUUCACUGAAUUAUUUUAUUAGACUUUUGGAUUUUAGGCUAAUGUUCAAAUGUUAUAGCAUAGUACGUCCAGGAGAGCUACUGGGUGUGUAGACUUUUGUUCCAGCCUCACUCUAACACACCAGAUUCUACAAAUCAACAGGACCUUAUUAAGCUGACUUGGGUGUGUUUGAGCAGUGCUGACAGGUGUGGCAUAUCAAGAAGCUGAUUAAACAGCAUGAUCAUUACACAGGUGCACCUGUGCGGGGGACAAAAAAAGGCCACUCUAAAAUGUGCAUUUUUGUCACACAACACAAUGCUACAGAUGUGUCAAGUUUUGAGGGAGCGUGCAAUUGGCAUGCUGACUGCAGGAAUGUCCACCAGAGAAUUUAUGUAGUUUUAGAGAAUUUGGCAGUACGUCCAACCGGCCUCACAACCGCAGACCACGUGUAACCACGCCAGCCCAGGACCUCCACAUCCGUCCUUCUUCACCUGCGGGAUCGUCUGAGACCAGCCACCUGGACAGCUGUUGAAACUGAGGAGCAUUUCUGUCUGUAAUAAAGCAUUUUUGAUGGGAAAAACUAAUUAUUAUUGGCUGGGCCUAUGCCCUCCCAAGUGCACCCCUGCCCAGUCAUGUGAAAUUCAUAGAUUAGGGCCUAAUGAAUUUAUUUCAAUUGACUGAUUUCCCUAUAUGAACUGUAACUCCGUAAAAUCAUUGAAAUUGUUGCAUGUUGCGUUUUAUGUUUUUGUAUUGAUAUCAAAGCCAAAAUUCUGAGAACUUGGGAUAGCCUAACAAAUGCAGAUGGGCGACCGCAUGCUUCAGCCGUCUAUAGCCUAGCCAGUAGCCAGUAUGCUACUACAUCCGUCUGGCUUAUUGCUAAACUAGCACACCUACCUGGUAAUAAGAGCCAUGUAGGCUAUAGCUUUGGUGAAAGAGCCAGCCCUAAAAAUAUGACUUUUUACCUCUACAUUUGUAUUAGAUUGCAUUCCAAGUGGCAUUAAAAAGGUAUUUAAAAAGUCUUAAAUUCAGCUUCAUGUAACCUGCAGAUACCCUGCAAUCAAAAGCCACAUCAAAUGGUUCCAUACGAAAUAAAAAUACUAUGGAUUACUUAGAUGCCAGAGAUUAGAUUCUGUAGGCAGACACUGUUUUAAUGAUGUGACAUAAUGGCUUCUAGACAGCCCUGUUAUAAGGCACAACCACUCCCUCUAAAAAGCUAGGGUUGUGGAGUUCUUUGGGUGGUACGAACUACCCUCAGGGGUGCUAUACUCUAGGACUUCACAGAGCUGCUGUUUGUAUUUCUGUCCCAGGCAGCACAGCACAGCAGAGAAAAGUAUUUUGAGCAGACUGUUUGUCUAGUUUUAAUCCCAAGAUAUUUCAAGCCCGUUCCAGAGAGGACCAGGAGGCGGUGUCGGGUGAGGUUCGAGGAAGGCCAGGGAGGUUACUGUGAUCUAGGAGGAUAACUAACUAAAUCAGUUCAUUUCCUCUAACAAAGGGAAACAUAAAUAUCCCACCAAGGCUGGAAAUUACAGGCCCCUAGUGAGUGUUGAACCAGUGACGUUCUAAAGCCAGUAUCCGCUAGUCUAGGCUCUGUCCCAAAUGGCACCCUGUUUCCUAUAUAGUGCACUACUUUUGACCAGUGCCCGUAAUUAUCUGGACAAAAGUAGUGCACUAUAUAGGGCUAUGGGUCCUGGUCAAAUGUAGUGGCCGAAGCCCUAUUCUACAGCCCAGAGAGGACCUCAGAUCUCCUAUCCAUCACUAUGAUUUUCAACAUGCUCCCUAGCCUUAAAACAACCCGUGGAAAGGUUUCAUGUGUCCGGCUAUGAUUUGGAUCAAUGACAUUAAGCUCAAGUUCUUCCUUCCUCUUGCCCUUUUUACUCUCAAUAAUUAAGUAUGGAUUUAUUCCAAAUUGCACCCUAUUCCCUAUAUAGUGCACUAUUUUGAACAGAGCCUUAUGGGCCCUGGUCCAAAGUAAUGCACUGUAAAGGGAAUACGGUGCCAUUUAGGACGCUACCCUCAAUUCCUAGUUUUCACUGACUCCCACGCUGUCAUGGAAAUAUAGAUCAGAUCUGGAAGCACUGAGCUAGAUCUUGUUGUUUGAGUCGUUUCAGGUUAUCUGUCAAUACAGCUCAGGGCUCUCUACAAAUAGGACUGCUGCAUGUGUGUGUUGACUGACUAAAAUUUACAUUUACAUUUUACAUUUUAGUCAUUUAGCAGACGCUCUUAUCCAGAGCGACUUACAUGAGCAAUUAGGGUUAAGUGCCUUGCUUAAGGGCACAUCGACAGAUUUUUCACCUAGUCGGCUCGGGGAUUAGAACCAGCUACCUUUUGGUUACUGGCACAACGCUCUUACCCACUAAGCUACCUGCCGCCCUAUGGUGUGAGUUCAAUGACUAAAGGUGUGUCUCAAAUGCCACCCUAUUCCUUACAUGGUUAACUACUUUUGAUCAGGGCUCUGGUCAAAAGUAGUGCGCUAUAUAGGCAAUAGAGUGCCAUGUCAUUUGGGACAUAUACUAAGUGUCUCCUCUUGUCUCCAUGCAGUGGUCUGCUCCUGGGAGGAUAUGACCCCUUCUCCCAGAAGGGACCCAAGAGGAGGAGAGUGAACCGCAGGAGACAACACUUCCUCCAAGUGGAUGCUACCUGUGUCUCAGCCCGCACCCGACCCUUGGUCACCUAUCACAAACCUCGACUCUUCAUUAACACCAGCCACAGACAGCAGGUAGGGACCUUUCACCUCUGGGCCCAUAUUCAUAAAGCGUCUCAGAGUAGGAGGGCUGAUCUAGGAUCAGUUUUGCCUUUAAGAUCAUGAUGAAUAUGAUUUUGUGGACGGGGGACCUGAUCGUAGAUUAGCACUCCUACUCUGAAAUGCUUGAUACAUACGGCCCCUGACCUUCACCUCCUCUCACUCAGGAGGCAAAUCACUAACCACCACAUCCUCAAUGUGUGAUGCUAUUGCCUGGCUAAAGGCAUCACACAAGAUUGAAAUACAGUGCAUGUCUUUAUGCCACGUGUUUGGCCAAACCUGAGGUUAGAGGAUAGUGUUGGCUGCCAAUAAUGAAAUGUCAGAGGAUUGAAAAAAAUAAAGUAUCCUAAAUGAAAUUAGGAUUAAAGAGCUAAGUAAAGAAAGCUGUUCUGGUUUUUAAUGAUACGGAACUCAGCUUGACAUUUGAGAAUUACUCACAGAAACUCAAUCAUUUCCAUGGACUUUAAAUAAAGCAUAAUAAUAUAUUUCUGUCAUUUUUGCUAAUUGCUAUGCAAUAACUCUACUGUACCAUUAGACUUGAACAAAAGUUUGUUAAUCUAUGAACUGCUGGUUUAUUUAAAGUGGACUGUUAAUUGUAGCUGUAGUCUUUGGAAAGGGAUCCUAUGCUGUGUCAUUUACAGGAUGUGUCCCUAACAGUGUCAUUUAGACACAAGCACUCUGACUGAUACAUAAUAGUCUCAUCAUAAUGCUGUGAAGAGCUCUGUGAAGCAGUUGAACAAGACAGAGUGGAGCAGUGCAUUUUAAUGUCAAACCCUGCAUGACUGCCAUUCCCUGCCACUGCUUUGGUCUGGUCUAGCCUGGUUCCAGAUCUGUUUGUGGUUUUGCCUACUCCAUUGUCAUUGUCAGACCAAUUCCAUAAGGAGUUGGCAAGAGAGCAGAAACAGACUGGCAUUCAUCUGGUCUGUUCUGCGCUCUAAAUAUCAACCUGCAACACACAUAGCCCAUAGGGCUCUGGUCAAAAGUAGUGCACUAUAUAGGGAAUAGGGUGCCAUUUGGGACACACAAAGUGUAUCCAUCUCUUCAGUCCUGCUGCUGAUCCUCUAGUCCAGGGUUCCCCAAUUGGUGGCCUGCGUGCCUAAUUAUUAUUUCAAUUUUCUUAUUGUUGGACAUAAAAGACUGUAAAAACACCAGGAAAUCAGCUCCAAGGGAUUUUAAUUGUGAAAAUCUGUUCCCAAGUAUUCCCACGCAUAAUAGAGAGACACGUGAUCAUAAGUGUAAACAAGGUUUGAAAUGAUUAUGUUUUAGUCAAAUAUUAUAUCUGUUUGGGCUUCUUGUGGUCAAUUUGCAGUCUACAAAUUAUUAGAAAUUAAGUUCUGGUCCCCUGACCAUCCGCUCAAGAAAAAAUCGGCCCGCGGCUGAAUCUAGUUGAUGAUCCCUGCUCUAGUCUCUGCCUCAAAAAAAACAAAGGGAGCCAGGCAGGGGUACCUCUCUGACUGGUGUUAUUACAGAGUAAGACAAUGUGCCAAGCUUACUGAGAUAUUAAUGGAGGAAAGGAAGGAGAAGAAAGCUGUUAAAGACUUAAUUAGUUUAAUUAGCGUGAUUUAACUGAGCAGCUGGCUGCUCCUCCAGGGCACAGUGACUCACACAGCAACAACACAGCAAGGCAACGUGUUAGCCCAACCCUGGUUUCUCAGUUCUGCUAAGUCACAACACUAUGUUUAAACCUUCUGUAAACACAUUCACCUUGGUCCUUCUUUUGUAAAUUACUUUAUAUGGUGGUCAUUGUCUCUGAGAGUAUUGCUAUCUUCAAGAGCCACAGGUGGUUUGCGUUAAUAAUAGUUUCCUGGAUUAAAUCAGUGGUAUCCACAGGUCCUGGAGGUGUAUGGAGUAAGUUAUUCUACUAUCUGUAAAUUACUGCUUUUAUUCAUCCCUCCUCUCUCCUGUAGGACCCAGCCUCCCUCUCCUCCUCCCUCUGUCCCACCUGUGUCUCCUGUGACCCCCUGGCCCUGUGUUCUGACCCAGCUUGUUCCUCCGGCAGCACCCUGACCUCCAGGACCAGUCGCUUUAGGACACACCCUGUUCUCUCUCUCCCCUCAGGUAGGUACAUCCCUCCCUGUGCUGGACAGACAUUAUGAUACUGUAUGUGUUGUUGUGUUAGGCUAACUGGACUGUACCUAGGGCUGUUGUGGUGACCGUAUUACUGCCACACCGGCAGUCAUGAGUCAUGACCGCAGUCAAAUUCCACGUCACGGUAUUCUCCUCUUAUGCACUCUGGACAUGCGUUGGUAGUACCCAACUCGCUAACGACCAUCAGGUCACCAAGGGCCUGGUACUCAGGGCUCUAUUGUCCCUCUAACCACUCUGACAUCAAUGCAAAUGCUUUCAAAGAAUACAUCAAACACUUAUCAUCAAAACAGUGCCAUGCUUUUAAAAACUCACCAUUAGGCUACAUUUGUUGACCUCACUGUGAUGAUCAAUUUGAAGAAAGAAGUUCAACAGGUGGAAACUGAGUGGAAAAAAUGGUCAUUGUGGAUGUUGUUUCAAAGCACAACGAAAUGGACAGGCUUUCUAAGGUGAUGAUUCAUUCAAAGCAUUUAAAGCUGCACUAUGCAGAAAUCUCUCUGCCAUUUCCUGGUCGCUAAAAUUCUAAUAGUUCGCCUAAUUUCAGUUUAUGUGACAAAACAAGCAUGUAUAGUGAAGAGAAUCAUUGUACCAUAUAAACCAGUGUUUCCCAACCCUGGUCCUCCAGUACCCCCAACAGUAUACAUUGUUAUUGUAACCUUGGACAAACACACCUGAUUCAACUUGUCAACUAAUCAUCACGUCCUCAAUGAGUUGAAUGAGGUGUGUUUGUCCGGGGCUACAACGAAACUGUACUGUUGGGGGUACUCGAGGACCAGGGUUGGGAAACACUGGUCUAAACCGCUGCGAAAUAUAUUUUCCAUAACCAAAAAUAUUGUAUUUUCAGCUGUUUGAAGCUAGUGUACAAAACCAAAGUAAAAGAGGCAAAAACGUAACUUAAGAACGGGAACCAUAGAAAUAGAGCGCACAGAACAGAUAUACUGCUUCUUAGACUUGCUUUCAAUUAAGAAUGACAGAUCUAUAACUUACCUUUCUAUGUGAAUUUGGUGGGGUCGCCCAAAAAGUUACAUAUUGCAGUUUAAGACGUUGCAUGUAGAACACCAAUACGCAUAUUAUUGUCCAUUUACAGAUGCGGAAAAUAGAAUACAGUACAGUGUAUUCUGCAAAACGUAUUCUGUUACCCUGUCCUUCUCAAGCCCUUUAAAUCACCUUCCUUGGUCUGUGUUUUCCUGUAGCUCUAUCAUUUACAUUUUAGUCAUUUAGCAGAAGCUCUUAUCCAGAGCGACUUACAGUUAGUGAGUGCAUACAUUUUCAUACUCUAUCUAUUGUGCUGUGGAGGUUACAUCCCACGCACCCUCACUCUCAGAACAGCUCUCUCUCUGUUGUAUGUGGAAUGUAGACUAUAGAGUUAUUAAGACCUGACAGGGCUCUCAAAUCAACAAUGCAGCUGUUAGCUGUACUCCACACAGCUGUAUUGGGAUGAAGUUAUUACUGGGGGAUCUGGCUAGGAGAUGGUGUAUUGGCUCUUAUAACCUGGGUGGUUCGAGCCCUGAAUGCUGAUUGGCUGACAGCCGUGGUAUAUCAGACCGUAUACCAUGGGAAUGACAAAACAUUUAUUUUUACUGCACUAAUUACAUUGGUAACUAGUUUAUAAUAGCAAUAAGGCACCGUUGCGUUGUGCCUAAGAACAGCCCUUAGCCAUGGUUUAUUGGCCAUAUAACACACCCCCACGUGCCUUAUUGCUUAAUUGUACAGGGGUGGGCAAACUUUUUGGCUCAAGGACCACAUCGGGAUUUCGAUUAUUAUUAUAAAAAAUUCAUUGUGGGCCGCAUCUGCUCUAGUAUGUAGGAAGGUAGAUGGAGAGAUUCAGAGAGUCAUGCUCAUUGUUCGAUCCAUAUUCUUCUAGAAUGUUCUUCUUCUAUUCUUCUCUUCAAACUUAAUCCAGACCAAACCUGCUGACUGAGUGUAUCUCGUCUCCACAGAUAGCCUUCUGUCCCACCACCUCCAGAACUCUGCCCUGCUCAGAGAGGACUGGGUCCAGCGACCUCUACUACCGGUCAAGACAGAGUCCAGUCAUGUCUACUACCACCAGAGCUAUAGGGACAGGGGACACACUUCUCCAUCAGGGUUCAGUGAGUAGCAUCUAAUAGACUAUUACUAAUGGUUUCAGAAAACAGUAUGACCCAUCUUAAAACCAACAGUGUCCCCUGAAACCUGGCAGGGAUUCCUCCUCUUUUAAAGUAAUAGAUUGACAGUGAUCUCAGCUAUGCUCAUAUCUGGUGUAAAGACUCCUACUGAGCUACCAGUGUAGAUUAGAUGUUUUGGCAUUGGCAGUAAUUCUCUUUGGCAUCUCACCGGGGGACUUUCACAGCAGUAAGCUCUGAGUCAGCUAGUCUAAUCAUUACUCUCCUGUUGCUCUUCGCCGCUCGCUCUGUUGGCUAUUGACUGCAGGAGGGUUAACGAUCCUAAACAUUCCCAAUGAUCCUCACUGGGCUGAAGGGAGAGGUUCUGAGGCUGUGGCUGGAGAGAGGGGCUGGCUAGAGGGGUUGAGGAGAGGGGUUGAGGGGCUGGGGCACUGGCACAUGGCUAAUUAGGAGAAUGCUGGUUUAGUCUUAGAGACGUAAUCUACACUGCUCCACUCGAUUUCCUGUCAGCCUGAAUCACCCCACACGGACAAUGAUUGAUCUAAAAACAAACACCACAAGGAAUAUUCUACUGACAUUUGCUAUUAUGUGGUAGAUCACCCUUACUUGUUCGCGUGAGAUGUUGUGAGAGGGAGGGAGAGGGGGAAAUUGUUGUGAGAGGGCGGGAGAGGGGGAGAGGGGGAAAAUGUUGUGAGAGGGAGAGGGAGGGAGAGGGGGAGAUGUUGUGAGAGGAGGGGAGUUGUUGUGUGAGGGAGGUGAAGGGCAAUGUGUGAAAGACAGGAAGGGAAGAGGGGGGAGAUGAGAGAGCUGCAGGUAUUGUCCUGCUUAUCUGGCCCUGACAGGCAGGCAGCACGGCGGUGGCAGUUUGAGGCGUUAUUUAGGAUUCAGCACCACUUGUCCUGUUCAGCCCUGCAACCUUACAGCUCAAACUGCAGAUUACCAUAUCAUCGAUGUCAUUAUCAGCCCCCAAACAACAACAUAUCUGUUAUCCUAACAAUGAAACAGGCCCAAGACAAAGACCUUGAUUGUUUGUAGAACUGAAGUGGGAAAGCAUUGAGAAGGCAUAUGUCUAACCUAAUGGGAUUAAUAGUUAAACAUUAGACUGAUAUGUUAUUAUAGGCUACUCUCUAACCAAGCCUUGUAAUCCUAUGGGGGAUUUGGAAGGUGGUUUCACAGACAAGGGGAAUUCCAGUCUGUUGCGUUAACAUGGCUGCUGUGUCAUUCCAGGUUACAGCCACAUGCAGCAUGGGAGGAACCGGAGGGGAGUGGCCAGGGGCGUGUCACCUGUCAGAUGGGCGGGUUCCGCUCAGACCCCACACAGGAAGGCCUAUCGCGGGGGGAGGAAGAAGAGACACACCCACAGGACCAUAGAAGGUACACUACAUGGCCAAAAGUAUGUGGACACCUGCUCGUUGAACAUCUCAUUCCAAAAUCAUGGGCAUUAAUAUGGAGUUGCCCCCCCCCCCCCCCCCCAUGCUGCUAUAACAGCCUCCACUAUUCUGGGAAGGCUUUCCACUAGAUGUUGGAACAUUGCUGCGGGGACUUGCUUCCAUUCAACCACAAGAGCAUUAGUGAGGUCGGGCACUGAUGUUGGGCGAUUAGACCUGGCAUGCAGUCGGCGUUCCAACUCAUCCCAAAGGUGUUUGAUGGGGUUGAGGUCAGGGCUCUGUGCAGGCCAGUGAAGUUCUUCCACACCGAUCUUGACAAACCAUUUCUGUAUGGACCUCGCUUUGUGCACGGGGGCAUUGUCAUGCUUAAACAGGAAAGGGCCUUCCCCAAACUGUUGCCACAAAGUUGGAAGCACAGAAUCUUAUAGAAUUGCAUUGUAUGCUGUAGCGUUAAGAUUUCCCUUCACUGGAACUAAGGGGCCUAGCCUGAACAAUGAAAAACAGCCCCAGACCAUUAUUCCUCCUCCACCAAACUUUACAGUUGGCACUAUGCAUUGGGGCAGGUAGCGUUCUCAUGGCAUCCGCCAAACCCAGAUUCGUCCAUCGGACUGCCAGAUGGUGAAGCGUGAUUCAUCACUCCAGAGAACGUGUUUCCAUUGCUCCAGAGUCCAAUGGUGGAGAGCUUUACACCACUCCAGCCGACGCUUGGCAUUGCACAUGGUGAUCUUAGGCUUGUCUGCGGCUGCUCAGCGGUCCCGUUCUGUGAGCUUGUGUGGCCUACCACUUCGUGGCUGAGCCGUUGUUGCUCCUUGAUGUUUCCACUUCACAAUAACAGCACUUACAGUUGACCGGGGAAGUUCUAGCAGGGCAGAAAUUUGACAAACUGACUUGUUGGAAAUGUGGCAUCCUAUGACGGUGCCACGUUGAAAGUCACUGAGCUCUUCAGUAAGGCCAUUCUACUGUCAAUGUUUGUCUAUGGAAAUUGCAUGGCUUGGUCCCAAUUUGUAUAUACCUCUCAGCAACGGGUGUGGCUGAAAUAGCUGAAUCCACUAAUUUGAAGGGGUGAUCCCUGGGAUAGGAUUUUUCUUGAUUAAUCAGGAAUUCCUGCUUCUCUGACAUUUAUUCUCCAUUAAAUUCUAAUAGAAACUGACCUAUCCCCUAGCUAAGUCAUGAUUUCCUUGAUUUUCUAUGUUGUCCUGAUCAUAUCCAACUGGUUAUUACAUGCAUGUAGCCUGCUAGUGUAGUUAUGUAGUCAUUACACAUAUGCUAUGUAGCCUGUUACAGAGCGACCCAUGGUGUUAACAGUAAUGUGUUGUUGGUCUCUAGAUGAAGAGGACCUCUUGUCUCAGCUGUCAGACCCUGAGAACAGUCCAGAGGAGAGCCUGGAGGAUGCCGUUACACCCCAGACCUCACACACACAUAAACAGGUAGCACACACACACACUGUAGCUCCAAUACUGCCUGGUUACCUGUGUGCAUUAUAGCUCCAAUACUGCCUGGUUACCUGUGUGCAUUAUAGCUCCAAUACUGCCUGGUUACCUGUAUGCAUUAUAGCUCCAAUACUGCCUGGUUACCUGUGUGCAUUAUAGCUCCAAUACUGCCUGGUUACCUGUGUGCAUUAUAGCUCCAAUACUGCCUGGUUACCUGUGUGCAUUAUAGCUCCAAUACUGCCUUGCUACCUGGAUUUAUAGCUUGAGUAGUAAGCAACUUGUCAAUUGACUUGUAAUACAUUGCAUUCUGAGUUGAGAAGUUUAUAAUGAACGGUGUGCUUGUUGAUGUAUUAGAGAGCUAUGUGACAGUUUUGUUUAUGUUAUUUUGUUCUCAGGGCCCAAUCCGCAGACGUCAGGGAGAGAGUGUUUACAACAUUGACAACAUCGUCAUCCCCAUGGCCCUGGCUGCCACUACCAAGGUGGAGAAACUCCAGUACAAAGACAUUAUAACACCAAGGUAUGACUUCUGGUGCUUGUUCUUUGGCUUGAGUUACUUCUCAACAAAAACUACAGCCUCCUGUUUUUGCUUAACACUAUUUUGAGUUUGAAUGAUCAAACCUUUCCAGAAAAUAGUCUGUUCUUUGAUGUCCUUUGAUUUGUGUGUUAGUUCUUCACCUUACACGUUGAGCUGCUCCUCCCUCCGACCCUACAGCUGGAGAGUGGUUGAUAACGCACCCCUGGAGGAGAGAGAGAGACAGGAAGAGGAGGAGGAAGAGGAGCUGCUGUGUGACGAGACCUUUUCCCAGAGGCAUCUGGGGUGCGAAAAGAGAGAGAAACUCUGCUGGACCUCCUGGGAUAAGAGCAGAUGCUACAGACGCACCACCAGGUGGGCACUGGGCACCUCACACUUCAACUUUCUGCUCCUGAUUGAACCUGCAAUAAAGCUUAUCAUCUCAAUGUAUCUCAAUACAAUACACAGUGUCUGUUUUUUCCUUAGAGGAUGAAGUGCGGCAUACUCUUGUUCCGAUGCAGUAGUUUCUAUUUAAUAUCACCUGUCUCUGUAGGUCUGGCAGUAGGAACGAUGGAGCAGGUGUUUCUGAAUGGGACUGCGCUGUCAGGGGUGACACCAGAAGGGACACCAGAAGGUGACACCAGAGGUGACAUGAGCACUCACGUGGACUGGAGCUGCAGUCAUCUGGACACGGACACAGACAGAGCCUUAGAGGAGUGGGUGGUAAGAAAGGACAUUCACUGUCUAGUCCUUACCAGCCUGAAGUCUGGAUCCUGGUUCACCUCUUUGUUACAUUCUGAGUAUGACGUCUUGGUACUACCAGUUCUUAACCCUGCUGCAGGGUUUUCAUUAUGAAAAUGUGGUGCUGGAAAUUUCACCAGCAACAUUUUAAUUUACCUGACAUUUGAGAAGUUUACUGGACCCAUAUGCAUUGGGUGCAUAACCUGAUUCGGGCGUCCACCCACGGUGCUCAUAAUGACAGAAAUCACUUUUAGGUUAUGGUAAUUCAUCUUAACAGAACAUGCAAGUAGAGGAUGCAAUGAAGUGCGUCCUUCUUAUCGAAUUCUGAUGUGCACUUUGUCCACAUUUACUUUUCCUCAGCCAAAAAGUAACAAACAGCAACAUCACUAGCCUAUGUCAAUCUACUAUCUCCCAUAGUAGAAACGUUGACCUCUUCUAUUGGUCAGCUUGUUGAGAAAGAAAUAGCCUACAGAAAAAAAAAGCAAUGAGUGAUGCAACGGAUCAGAACGUUUAGCUUAAAAUGUUGCUAAACUAUUAGGCCUAUUUAUUCACAUUAUAAGCGCAGCAAUGCGCACAAGGCCUUAGUCUUCUCGCAAAUGUUAGCUUCAUAAUAGGCCUACAAUUAGAAACAGGGGAAAUUUAAGGAUGCAACAACUAUGGGUUGCUAAUAUGACUAGGAUUGUGCCUUAGGCUAAAAAGCAUUAUUUCGCAAUGGGAUUAGUAUUUUUUUCUCCCUGAUAAUUGUCCAGUGCCAAUUUUAUUUAUUGGCUUUGCUAUUUAUUUUUGGGCCAAAGGCCAGCUAUUACCGGCUAACAGAAACCCUGCCCUGCUGGUAGGAACAUUCCAAUCAAUAACCUAUUAACUUUAAUGCAGAGUUGCUAGCAUAAACUAUGCUAUUUUCUGUUAUACACAAGUAUGUUAAUAAUCAAGCUGAAUUAGUUAAAGCUUUUACUUACAAGCAUGACUCACUGAGACUGAACAACCGUUUCUGAUUAGGUGAGAUAUGAAUAUUGGGCAUAUCAUGUAAGAGGCUUUAGUACAGCACCCAUUAGUUGUGACCAUGAAACGUCCCUGAAAUAAAAAGCCUAUCAGAUAUCGGCUGUGUAUAUCUGCAAUAGGAGGGUUUGUGGGUAGUAGGCUGGUUGAGGAGCUCUUGAGCCUACACAGAUGCACUGUGGGUGAUUAGACAUGGCUGAUUGGAGUGGUUUCUGAUUGGACUGAAGUCUUAACAGGAGAAAGCUCAGCAGCACAGGCACUAUGGAUGCAAAUUUUGGUGAACUAAUUGACCCCCAUUAACCAGUUAACAAUCGGUUACAUUAGUUCCAAACAGCAAAAUAACGUAGCCUAGAGAAAAUACUAUGCAUGUGUAUUCAUGGGUUGCAUGUUUCGUCAUAUUGUUUUGAACGUUUGUUUUGUACUGAGGACCAACUGAGCAUUCUUCUCAAUGCAUUGCCAAUGAGCACUGAUGAAAAAGAUUUCUUCAAAAGUGCAUUACAGUGGCUUGGAAAUACAAUGCAUUUCAAAAGGAAGCAAAUGAUUAGUAGGAAAAUCUUUUGUCAUCAUUUUGAUGUUGCCAGAUUGACUUUAGAUGCAGUGUAACGUUAGCUAGUUAGCUAAGAUUAAGGGGAGGUCACCAGAUUUUAGCUAGCUAACGUUAGCGUUGCUAGCUAUUUAUGACUAACUUUGCUAGCUAAUGACAACAUUGUCAUCUGUUCUAAAGUUCAUUUGACGACAUCAUAAUGCUGGCAAAGUUGUUUCUUACUAAACAUUAGACUACCUUAGCAUUGUCAUCGUAUUUCCAGACACUAUAGUGUAAUUUAGAUGAAACAUUUGUUAGACUCUUUCCAGGAAUUAUGUACAGAUCCCAAACAUGCUCAAUGUCUGGUGAGUAUUCAGGCCAUGGAAGAACUGGGACAUUUUCAGAUUCCCGGAAUUGUGUAAAGAUCCUUGCAACAUGGGGCUGUGUAUUAUCAUUCUGAAACGAUGGCGGCGGAUGAAUGGCACAACAAUGGGCCUUGUGGAUCUCAUCACGGUAUCUCUGUGCAUUCAAAUUGCCAUUGAUAAAAUGCAGUUGUGUUCGUUGUCCGUAGCAUAUGCCUGCCCAUACCAUAACCCCACCGCCACCAUUGGGAAUUCUGUUCACAAUGUUGACAUCAGCAAACCGCUCGCCCACACGACACCAUACACGCGGUCUGCCAUCUGCCCGGUACAGUUGAAACAUGGAUUCAUCCGUGAAGAGCACACUUCAAAGGUGAGCAUUUGCCCACUGAAGUCGGUUACAACGCAGAACUGCAGUCAGGUCAAGACCCUGGUGAGGACGACGAGCACGCAGAUAAGCUUCCCUGAGAUGGUUUCUGAUAGUUUGUGCAGAAAUUCUUCGGUUGUGCAAACCCUCAGUUUCAUCAGCUGUCUGGGUGGCUGGUCUCAGACGAUCCCGCAGUUGAAGAAGCCUGGUGUGGAGGUCCUGGGCUGGCGCCGUUACACGUGAUCUGCGGUUGUGAGUCAGUUUGGACUACUGCCAAAUUCUCUAAAACUACAUCAAUUCUCUGGUGGACAUUCCUGCAGUCAGCAUGCCAUUUGCAUGCUCCCUCAAAACUUGAGACAUAUGUGGCAUGGUGUUGUAAGGCAAUAAAUAGUAAAAAUGCCAAGGGGGUGAAUACUUCCGCAAGCCACUGUACAUAUACACAUUUUAGAGUGGCCUUUUAUUGUCCCUAACACAAGGUACACAUGUGUAAUGAUCAUGCUGUUUAAUCAGCUUUUUGAUAUGCCACACAUGUCAGGUGGAUGGAUUACCUUGGCAAAGGAGAAAUACUCACUAACAGGGAUGUGCACAACAUGUGAGAGAAAUAAGCUUUUUGUGUGUAUGGAAUAUUUCUGGGAUCUUUUAUUUCAGCUCAUGGAACAUGGGACCAACACUUUACAUGUUGCGUUUAUAUUCGUGGUCCUCUGUAGCUCAGCUGGUAGAGCACGGCGCUUGUAACGCUUGUAUCCCCGGGACCACCCAUACACAAAAAAAAUGUAUGCACGCAUGACUGUAAGUCGCUUUGGAUAAAAGCGUCUGCUAAAUGGCAUAUUAUAUUAUAACAGGUCUAAAUAUGUGUCAUGACAGUGUUAUGACCAUAUUAUGACAAGUUAUGUCAGCUGUUAUAACAUUAUGACAUGGUUAUGUAUGUGUCAUAACAUGUUAUGAUGCUAGGUGUCAAGUAAAGUGUUAUGACUAGGAUUGUGCUUUAAGCUUGUGGACAGCUAAAUAAAGUUGAUAUCGAAACCAAUAGAACAGGUAGAGAAAUGCUGAUUUUAAAAUGGGAUCAAUAGAAAGCUGGGAUCCUCCUCUGUUCAAUAGACUAGCCAACUCUGUUUUCACUGGAAUUGUAAUAAGAAUUGUUGUGCAAUGGCUGGGCUUAUAUUAGCCUACAGGUUUCACUUCAAGCAUCAACCAACCUCGCUGCCCGACAGGUGAUAUUCUGCUUAAACUAAGCUCUGUAUGCAGUACGUGUGUGAUAAACAAGAUACAUGACGGACUAACAAAAAUACACACCCACUAAAUUAUGCUAAUUAACCUGUUAUAAACCGAUAAGCAUGAUCGGUCAAAUGUAUUUUUGGCAGCUAACUGAUCAACGGUUAACCGUUAAUAUCCCUAACAGGUACAUUUACAUCUCUUUACUUUUACCAUUCAAAAAUGCUGAAUUUAACCAAAUGACUUUGUUUCAGAUCUUAGUAUUGGCAGAUAAAUUAUUUGAAUAUUGUUCCUAAUGCAUGACUCCUACAGAAAGAGAGAGACUGUUUAACUGGUUCUAUGGUGGCAGAACAGGUAUAUUUAUUUGACCUCCGUGGUGCCACUGGCUAUCCUAAGUUGAAUGCACCAAUUUGUAAGUCGCUCUGGAUAAGAGCGUCUUUUAAUGUAAAUGUAAUGCAGCUUUAUGAAGUCAGUCUGGUCAUGAUAGACUGGGAGUGGUGUCUGUCAGCUUGGUGGUUGUCAGGAGAUAGGGAGAGUGCCCACUUUUAGUCGCACAUUCAGUGUACAGGCUGCAGGCUCCCUGGGGCGCAGGAUGUGGGUGUGAAAGUCACAGGGACCAUCCACACCUCACUUGGGAGCCUGUUAAUGGCUGUUUCUGUACUUGUCAUACGUCCUUCAGCUUGCGUUAUUGUUCUUUGAAUAGCGUUUUAAAUUGAAUCCUUUAUCAUAGGAGAAGAUAAAGAUGCGCAGUGAGUAUUAUACUAUCUCAAUGUCAUUUUUGCUGAACGUUACCCACAUAUUAAAGUGAUAAAUGUAAUAUCCUCAUAUCUAAUGUAGCCGUCAUUACUCCCUCCUCCUACCUCCCUUUGUCUGCAGCCUCGACUCCCGUGGGACAGUCGUGUGUUCCCGCUGUGUGAGGAUGAGGCUCUAAGGUGUCAUGAAGAGGAGCAGGAGGAGCCUCGCUGGGAGGAGAGAGAGAAAGCAGAUUCCACUAGCAGCACAGAUGACAGCAGCAGCUCUGUCCAGUCACCCCCAUCCUCAGCCCUGUCUUCAGCCCUGUCCCUGUCCAGUACAACGGCACCACCUGCUGGAUACUAUGAGAACAGCACCCUAACAGCAGACAGCAGUCACCUGAAAUGA